AUGCGCCAGGUUGUGCUCGGCCUGCUUGCGGGUGUCUCGAUAGCCCAGGGCGGUCCCACUCUCAUCGCGGGCGCUACCCGCGGCUCGGACUCGGUCAAGCACGCCUGCCUCGACGGGCACUCGACGGAGGCGGCGCUCUCUGCGCUUCGCGGCUUUGAGACGGACAAGCCGGUGAGCGUCGAACUCGCCGGCUACGGCGCGGACGUGUAUGGGUGGCACGGGCCAAACGCCUCCGCGGCGCUCGGCGACGACGCGUGCGCGGAGGCGGCCCACAAGGAGGCGUGCAUCAUGAACGUGUGCACGUGCGCGACCAGCGAGUUUGGGGACACAAACGACGAGCGCUGGGCCUCGGCCUUCAACUCGCCUGCCCUCGCCUCGGCGAUGUCCUCGAUGCUCGUCCUCCUAGUCCUCGCGUGCGGCGCCUUCUGGCGGCUGGCCGUGGGGAGCGGACGGCGGGUUGGCGCGGGGGCGACGGCGAGGCUUUCGUGCAGAGCGUCGAGCGGGAUCUCGCAUCGCACCGUUGCGGCCACCCACAAGCCGAGCGCGAACGAGGAGCCCGGCCCGGCGGCGAGCGCCGAGGAGACGGCCGCCCCGGCGGGCCUCGACGAGUGGAAGCCCCCCUCCCCGCUCCGCAAGAUCGAGCGCAAGGGCGAGUCCAACCUGAUCGAUCGCUCCAAGAAGACCACCAAGAGCCUCACCCCGAUCGGCCGCGUCGACCCCAACGGGUUCGCGGCGCUGCUCGGAACGGAAGUUGACGAGAAAGACCUCGCUGGCGUCGGCUCCGGGUCUGGCGCCGUGGAGGAGACCCCGCCGACCUCGACGCGCUCCGGCUUCCGCUUCGGCCAGGUUUGCUCGACAAAGCUACUGUGCCACAAGGGGCGCGCCAUGUUCUUCCUCCUGUGGCUCCUUCCAGUCACCACAGCUCAAGUAGACUACGCGAGCCCGAUCCAGCUCGGCUUCCUCUACGCGCAGAGCCCGGCGUCGUGGCUCGUCGAGUCGCGCUCCCAAUUCAAGCUUGCGCUCGACGACGUCAAUGCGGCUGGCAUGCUUCCGUACAAUAUAUCCUACGUCACGGCCAACACGCGUGAGCAGGAGUUCUUCGCGCUGAGAGGAUGCAUCGAUCUGCUCGACGACUCGAGCGUGAUCGGAAUUGUCGGCACCGGCUACUCGGCCGCGCUCUCUGCCGCCGCCGCCUACGCCUCCGCGCGCCAAAAGCCCAUUGUCUCGCCAGGCGCAACGCGGGUGACCUUCACAGACAAGACCAAGUUUCCCUACCUCGUGCGUAGCGUCGGGUCCGACGCGACAGAGCUCGGCGGCAUGGUCUUCGCGAUCGAGAGCCUCGGCUGGAGGAGCGUCGUCGUCAUUUACUCGGUUGAUUUCAUCACGGCCGCCUCGUACUUCCGAAACGCCGCACAGGCGCGGGGCAUCGACGUGGUGAUCGAGGCGCGCGUCUCCAGCAGUGGUGAGAAGUGGAAGACGUUUGUCGCCCUCGAGGCCGUCCGCCACUCGGGCGCGCGCAUCCUCGUCUCCAUCACCAGCAGCGCCGACCAGGAGGAGCUGCACCAGGCCGCCGCCGAUAUCGGGCUGCAUAACGAGGGCUACGUCUGGUUGGGCUGGAGCGCGUCCUUCACGUCCACGAUUCCGCUGCCCGGCUACAUCUUCGUCCAGGCCGCGGCCGCGCAGCCGAGCGCCGCAGCGGCGGCAAGCUUCCUGUCCCACUUUCAGAAGGGCACUCUGACGUACGACGAAGCAAUCCACGGCUCCUACAAUGCAACGAGCGGGGCGCCAUUCUACGAUGCGGCACAUGAGGGGGUGCGUUGGGAUACGGACUACGCGCCGGUCGGCGACGGCUUACCCGACCAUUGGGGCAAGUGCGUGCGCCGCGACGCGGCGCGCGUGCGUGCUGCGCCCCCACCGCACGCGUCCUGCUGCCCAUGGCUCCGGUGCACCCUGCCGCUCACGCAGCGCGCCCUCGAUCGCAGGUACGUCUACGACACCGCAUGGCUCUACGCGCAUGCGCUCAAGCGCCUCGCGGAGGCGGGUACGUCGCCGCACGACGGCGAGGCGCUCCUCGCGGCCCUGCUCGCGACGUCCUUUGAGGGCGUGACCGGCCGGCUGGAGAUCUCGCCCGCCGACCAGGACCGCGUACAGGGCUUCCAAUUGCACUCUCUUGUCCCCGAGAACCUCAACGCCUCCGCCGCGCGGAACUCGAGCGCCGUUUCGACCGCGCCACUCGUCGACGUCGUCGCUGCGAACAUCAGCUACCUGUGGUGGCCGCUUGGGUAUGUGCCAUCCGACGGCUCGAGCGCCGAUGCCGCCAGCUGCUCACUCGAGUGGCCCCUCGGCCAAGAAGUUUUCGUCGGUCAGUCGGCGACGCUGAGUGUGUCUCUGAACAACGCGUUUCGGAGGCCCGUCACGGCGGCCGACGCCACGGUGAACAUCACGAUCGUUGGAGAUCAGUCGUGCGCCCGCGUGAUGCCUCUGCCGACGGCCACAGCACCAGUUGGCAGCAGUGCCAGCUCGAUUCGGGCGUUCACCGUCGAGCUGCUUGAGGUGGGCACGUGUGCCAUUCGCGUGCAUGUGAAGCACGGUGCCCCGCCGCCUGCCUUCAUCGGGGCGAUUGAGCUCUCCGUGAGCCAAGAGACGCUGCCCGACAUCUUGUUUGGCUUGACCCUUACUCUCGUGCUCCUCGCGCUUGCGGCGGGCGGCGAGUACCACCUCUUCCUCUCCCACACGUGGAGCAGCGGCCAGGACCAGGUGCACAUGAUCAAGCGGCGGCUCGCCACGCUCGCGCCGAAGAUGAAGGUCUUCCUUGACGUCGACGACCUCGAGGAGUUCGGCACGCUCGCCGACAACGUCGCCGCCUCGGACGUGGUGCUCCUCUUCCUCUCGCGCGGCUACUUCGCCUCCAAGGCUUGCAAGAUCGAGUACAUGGCCGCCUGCCGGCUGGGCACGAGCCGGCCGUGCUCGUGCACGAGCGCGCCGCUCGAGGAGCUGCGCGAUCAGUGCCCCGACGAGUGCCGCGCGCACCUCUUCGGCAGCCGGGCGGUGGUGCCGUGGCUCCGCUCCGAGGUCUUCCAGCUGGUGACGCUCAAGAAGAUCGUCGCCGUCGUGCUGUCCGCCGACGGCGGCGAGGGCGCCACGGGCAAGCAGGCGGGCGGAGGGGAUGAGAUGGCCAGUGUGGCCAGCGAUCCGUCGACCCGUUCCCGAGAGUCGCGGGUCGGCGGAAGCUCGAGCGGCAAGCUCGAGCGAGCCACGAUGGCGUCGGCGGAGGCGGCGAGGCGGGUCGCAGCGAGGGCGAUGGCGCGCACGCCGGCCAAGAAGGAGUGCGAGUCGGGCGACCUGUACUUGCACAAGGAGCUCAAGCCGGCGGCGGGGCUGGGCCCUGGGCCUGGCCUGGCGCUCCUCUACUCGCGACACAACCCGGGCGCGCGCCUCGUCGCGUCUCAGCUCGCCGCGACGGUCGCCGGCUGCGUCGCCGUCGAGGCUCCCGCGGGCGGUGCCACGAGCGUUGGCGGCGGGCGGGUCUUGCCGCUCCUCGUUCUCAACGCGCGCACCUUUGAGGGCGCUGACGGGGAGGGGCUGGCCGUUUCCAACAGCCCGUCUCAGACAGUCUCACGUGGCCACCAGGCGCUUGCUAGAGAGGUGUGUGGCUGGCGAGCAGCCUUCAAGGAGACGGUGUGCGCCGCCGAGCGGACGAGGCAGCGCCUAGAGGCGGCCAGCGGGUUGGCGAAGCUGACGAAUCGACUCGAGGAGCUCACGGGCGUGGACUUCGACGGCGACGGCGACGUCAACGAGAAGUGCCUCGAGCGCGGCUUCCUGUCGCUGGCCUCGAACGUGCAGAGCGGCCAAGUCUCGCUCGGCGAGGCGUCGGGCCGGGCGCAGCCCAAGCACGGCGGAGCGGUGGGCGAGGCUAGCGAGCGCGUGCGCUCCUCGUCCUCCGCCUCGGAGGCGGACUCGGAGCCGGAGGAGCCGGCGGGCGGCGUGGAGAUGGGCAGGCUGCUGCUCGUGCACAUGCUCGAUCCCGAGGACGACGGCUGCCGCUUCGAGCAGGUGAUGGCCCAGACCCCGCAGCACCUCGUCGACGACAAGCUCUACUCGCAGAUCGCGCUGCCGUGGUUCCACGCGCCAGACUACCGCGCGGCCGCCCUCGCGGCGGCGGAGCAGCGCGCCCGUGUGAUGGGUGGCCGGGUGGCCGCGGGAGCUGCCACACUCGCCCGGACCGUCCCCCUCUGGGGCCGGUUCCGCAGCCUGCGAGAGCCGACAGCGCUCUCCGCCGUCAGCGGGGCCGUGCCGCGGGUGCCUACUGCCGAGUGCCACAAACACUGCGCCGUCCCGCCACCACCGACAGGCUGUCUUGUGUGA